CCGCGCUCUCCCUCUCCCUCUCUCUCUCUCUCACACACACACACCCACCCACCCACCCACCUUCUGAAAAAUCAAAAGAUGGGGAAGCAAAACAAAUCCAAGUCGAAAAAAAGCGAUUCUCUUGUUGGAAAGGGGAAAGUAACUCCGCUCCAAAUCGCAUUCAUCGUCGAUCGAUAUCUCUCCGACAACAAUUUAUCCCAAACUCGCUCCAUUUUCAGGACGGAAGCCUCUUCUCUCAUCUCAAAAUCUCCUGUUCGUGAGGCACCGAAGACUUUGUUGAGUUUGGGGGCGAUUUUGAAUGAUUAUAUAUCUUUGAAGGAGCAAAAGGUGAUUUUAGAUCAAGAAAGGGUGCGUUUGGAGCAAGAGAAAUUCAGGGUACAGAAUCUUUUGCACGGUAUGCAACAAGUGAUGAAUGCUUAUAAUGCUAGUGGAAACGUAGCACCAGCAGCAGCAGCAGCUACACCUAUGAUUCAGGCUUCUGUUACAAGAUCUACGGUUAUGGGUCCUCGAGCAGAUCCAUUUCGUGGAUCCCCUUCAGCUGCAGGUUGUCCAGUGUACAAAUCACCAAAUUGCUUUCCAGUCUCCACACCCUCGAACACUACCACGGAGCAUAUCAAUCUGUCUUCAAUUACCAAUCAGCCAUCAACAAGAAAGCGAAUGGGUUCAAGUGCUGUUUCAGACUCUGCUCCAGAUGCUAAAAAGUCUCGCAACAAGUUAGCCUCAAGGAAAAUACCAAGUAAAUGUACACUCAAACAAUCUGAUAAUGAUUCCACUACUCAAGAAAAUUUUCAGCCCUCUCCAAUGAUUGGAUCAUCAACACAAAAUUGCACACCCACUGGUCCAAUAGUUCUAGCAUCCAAUGUGGCUAAGAGUUUGUUCCAUCAGCCUUUACCGUCCCCUCCAACUAGUUCAUCUAAUCCCAAUACACCACCACAAUCAUUUUCUCCUCACAAUGACAACUCUGCAUCUCCAAAGGAUAUUUCUGCCAAUGCUCACUGCAGUAGCAACAAUACUCCUCAACAGGUCACUCCUACCAACUGUACAGUGAUCACAUCAGAGAGAGUUACAGUGAGCCCAUUCAAAAACAUGACGUAUUACACCAUGGAGAGAAAUCAGUGCAUCUCUUCUUCCUCACCAGUCAAGACAACCUUGAAGAGGAUGUGCAAGAGGGAUUGUGUGAAAGGAAGGCUAGACUUCGAUGGUUCUGACGCAACAGUGAAUUUGGAUAAACCAGUUGACAAUGAGUUCUCUACAUCCGAGUCUGAUAAGGAUGGAGACUUUUUUGACUUAGACUUGCCUAACUUAGAUGUAUUCGGGGCUAAUUUCUCCUUCUCUGAACUGUUGGUGGAUCUAGACCUUGAUUGUGAAGGAAUUGCUUGUCCAUGCCAGCCAGCCUUGGGAGCUUCUACAGACACCAUUUCAGGGUCAUCACAUGAAUCUAGGGAUGGUAAUCUGGGGACUGAUCAAGUCAUGUCGGAGUUUUCCUCUACCAUGACUGAGGUGUUUUCAGGAAACGAUAUACACAUGCAAGGUCCUGAUAUAACAGCUGUGAAGUCUAUAACAAAAUGCAUAAGAAUUUUAAGCCCUGCUAAAAGUCAGAGGAGUUCUUUGAAUCAGGAGAAUUGUUUGGCUAGUAACUGAUUGACUUGAAGAUUCAAAUGACACUUUAGACUGACCUGUUACCAGUACAGCACUUACUGCAGAAGAUUCAUAAUCCUCUUCACUAGUAAUCUAGGUUUAUAAUCUCGGGAUCCUUUAUGGCUUUUGUCUAUCAGUUGACCAAACCCCAAUUUUUUAGCUCAUAUGUAAGUUUGUGUUUGAUGUACUAUUCUUAAUAUACCCACAAAAGUGUUGAUUGCUCUGCCAAGACUCAUUGCCAUAAGCAUUCUAUGCUACACAAUUUAGUUCUGUAUCACAUGCUGAAUUCUUUUUGAUAAAAGAAGUGCUGAAUUCUUCUGACAUUUAGUUUACGUUUUUGAUGGAGAUCACUCUCAUCAAUUUUAUGUAAGGUUGAAAUUCUGUAAGAGUUCUUCAUUCAAAUGUCAUAAGUAUUUAAGCA